ACGUCUGUCGAGGGAGGAAAACAGGCGGCGGAGCGCGGCUCAGCGCAGCCCAGCGGGCUCCCGGCCGGCUCGGGCGCCGUGCCCACCAUGCCCCCCCCCGGGCCGGACGCGGGGUGCCGGGGGGCUGCGCUGAGCCCGGCCAUGGGGCCGCGGCGGUGGCCGCUGCUCUGGUGCCUGCAGGCCGCGCUGCUCCUGGGGGGGGCACAGCAGCCCCCAGCCUCGCCACCCCCCGGGGUGUCCACGUCGGAGCCGGGGGCGUCGAGGGACGCUGAGGGCUCGGCGGCGGCGCUGGCCUUCCUGCGUUCGGGCGAUGCGCAGCGCCUGGCCCGCGCCAACUGCAGCCGGGGCGUCGCGGCGGGGGCCCCCGGCCCCGGACCCCCCCCGGCUCUGCGGGCCGCCCUGCGUGCCGCCCCCGAGGCGCUGGCCCAGGCCGCCAACUUCCUCAACAUGCUCUUCCAGAGCAACGACAUCCGCGAGGCCAGCGUGGCCGAGGACGUGGAGUGGUACCAGGCGCUGGUGCGCAGCCUGGCCGAGGGGCACCCCUGGGUGCGCCGGGCGGUGCUGGCCCUCGACGCCCACCCGCUGGCCGCCAAGCCCCGGCUGAUGCUGCAGGCCACGGCGGGCGACGGCGAGAUCCGGCUGCGGGACGUCUCCGCCGCCGCCCCCAGCCUGGGCAACCGCAGCUGGGACGACGAGUGGUUCAACGCCCUCCGCUCCCAGCGCAGCCCCCAGCUCCGCAAGAGGGUGCUCAGCAACGACCUGCGCAGCAUGGAGACCCCCAAGUGGCAGCGGGGCGACAGCUACGUGGGGGAGCCGGGCCACGUGCGGUGGUCGCCGCCGUUCCUCGAGUGCCGGGACGGCAAGUUCCUGCCCGCCUGGGCCGUCACGCUCUCCUCCGCCUUCUACGGGCUCAAGCCGGACCUCAGCCCGGAGUUCAAGGGCGUCGUGCGGGUGGACAUCGAGCUGCGGGACGUGGGCAUCGACCAGUGCGCCAGCGGGCCGGGCUGGUUCGCAGGCACACACCGCUGCGACCUCAACAGCACCCAGUGCGUCCCCCAGGAGAGCCGCGGCUUCGUCCUCGGGCAGUACGUGUGUCGGUGCAAGCCGGGCUUUUACGGGGCCGGCGGAGUGGCCAUCGGCACCGGGGCAGGCGUGGCGGGGAGCCCGGUGCCGGUGGAUGGGGGGCCCCGGCUGGCGUGCCGCCCCUGCCGCGAGGGAUGCGCCACCUGCGUGGACGACACCCCCUGCCUGAUCCAGGAGGACCGGGCGCUGCGGGCAGCCAUCCUCUCCUGCCAGGCCUUCUGCAUGCUGGCCGUCUUCCUCAGCAUGCUCAUCUCCUACCACUUCCGAAGGAGCAAGGCAAGCGCCAGCUGGGCUGCGCCGGGUCCCCCCGCUGCUGCUCCCCUCGCCCCGUGUCCCCCUGCCCGGCUGCCUCCUGCUGGGGGGCUCUCGAGGGAGGGUGUUCUGGGGUGGGCGUCCCUGCCCUGGGCUCUAUCCCUCCCAGCACCCUUGGGCUCCCGGCUGCGCCCUCACGUGGCCCUGUCCCCGCAGAGGAUCCGAGCGUCAGGAGUCGUCCUCCUGGAGACCAUCCUCUUCGGGUCCCUCCUGCUCUACUUCCCCGUCUUCAUCCUGUACUUCAAGCCCAGCAUUUUCCGCUGCAUCGUGCUGCGCUGGGUGCGCAUGCUGGGCUUCGCCACCGUCUACGGCACCAUCGCCCUCAAGCUGUACAGGGUGCUGAGGGUGUUCCUGGCCCGCACGGCACAGCGCGUGCCCUACAUGUCGAGCGGGCGGGUGCUGAAGAUGCUGGGGCUGAUCCUGCUCCUGGUGCUGUGGUUCCUGGCGGCCUGGACCGUGGGGAUGCUGGAGAACGUCGACAAGAACAUCCCGCUGGUGAUCCGCACCCAGACCACCCGCGGGCUCCACUUCUACAUCUGCGGCCACGACCGCUGGGACUACAUGAUGGUGGUCGCCGAGAUGCUGUUCCUGCUGUGGGGCAGCUCCCUGUGCUACGCCACGCGCGCCGUGCCCUCCGCCUUCCACGAGCCCCGCUACAUGGGCAUCGCGCUGCACAACGAGCUCAUGAUCUCGGCCGCCUUCCAUGUGGCCAGGUUCGUCAUGGUCCCCUCGCUGCACCCCGACUGGACCCUGCUGCUCUUCUUCGCUCACACCCACAGCACCGUCACCAUGACCCUGGCGCUGCUUUUCAUCCCAAAGUUCCUGCACGCCAGCUCGCCGCUGCGGGAGGAGAUCGCGGCCGAGGUUUACGAGGACGAGCUGGACAUGAGGCGCUCGGGCUCCUGCCUCAACAGCAGCAUCGCGUCUGCCUGGAGCGAGCGCAGUCUCGACCCCGAUGACAUUCGGGAGGAGCUGAAGAAGCUCUACGCGCAGCUGGAGGUGCUCAAGACACGGAGGAUGGCAGCCAACAACCCCCACGUGCCCAAGAAGCGCGGGUCCCGACGGAGCCUGGGCCGCUCCUUCGUGCGCCGCCUCGCCGAGCUGCCCGAGGCCGUGGUGUCCCGGGGCAGCCGGGAGGAGCGGCUCCGGACCCCCGGCAGCCGCCGCGCCUCGGCCAAGCGGCUCCCCAGCGCCGGCAGCGCCAGCCUGAGGGUGCGGGAUGGGGGCUCCCGACACCACGCCGCCGCCCUGCACAAGUCCCGCAGCUCCGAGAGCCCGGCGUGGGACCCCCGGGGCGGCUCCCCUGGCCCCAGCCCCACCGGGGACACUGUGCCGGUGACACCAGCGGCGACCGCGGCAGGCUCAGAGCAAUCCGACAGCGAGUCCCUCGACGCCGCCCCGCUCGUGUGCAAGUCGGCCAGCGCCCACAACCUGUCGGGGCACGAGCAGCCCCCCCAGCCCCGCGCCCUCCUGCUGAAGUCGCUGAGCGUCGUCGCCGGUGCGCGGGAUGAGGCCCUGCUCGUGGCCAGCCGGGCCGCACGGGACGGGCGGGAUGCUGAGCGGGAUGCUGAGCUGCACGCCAAGCAGCACCCGGCCGCGGGGCGCCCCACGGACCAGGGACCCCCUGAGCAAGCUGGGAAGCCUCAGAGCCCUGCUGCAGCCACUGGGACUGCCGGUGCCCCCCUGCCAGCUGGCUCCGGCCGUGCCGACGGGGGUCCCUCGUGUGAUGCGUCCCCCCCAGGGGACGGCAAGGUGCAGAAACACGUCACCUACGUGCCCACCAAGAGCAUCAGCGUCGACAGCUCCCACUUCUCGGGGCGGGUGCGGGUGGCAGUGAGGAGGACCCCGCCGCCGCCCCCCGUGCGGUACCAGAGCCUGGUGCACCACACUGCGGCAGCUGGGGACAGCAGGGAGACACUGGAACCACCCGUGGGGACACCGGUGGGGACACCCGUGGGGACACUGGGGCGAGCAUCCCCCACGUCGGGGCAGGGCCGGCUGCAGUCCGCCCGCUCCAUCCCCGCGGAGGUUUGCCCCUGGGAGCUGAUCCAGGAGGAGAUUUUGAGCCGGAAGCAAAAAGCCGCCGAGCCUUCAGCCUCAGGGACCCCUGGUGACACCCCAGUGGCCCCCCCAGGCCUCAAGCCAUCCUCCCAGAAAACCUUCAAGAGCCUGGGGUUGGCCAUCAAAGCUUUGAACCGCUCCAGAGGGAAAAACAGCCUGAAAGGAAAGAAGGAGAGCGAGGGCAGCCUCAGGACACGGGGCCGAGACCGAGACGGGGGCAGCAGGAGGGAGAGGCCCAAGCUGGCAGGGACACCCACUCUUUCUCCAGGGGGGAGCAGCCAAGGUCCCACAAAUGGAAGCCCCAAGCCCAGCCCGCAGGAGGGGGACGCGGUGCCCUGCCGGCACAACAACAAUGCCGGCUCCACGUCGGAAAGCGCAGCCUGGGGGGACAGUAGGGGAAAAGCAGAGGGACAGGAGGACGGCACGGGUGUGCACACAGGCGGUGGUGAGGAGCUGGCAGAGGAGCCCAGCGCUGCCCCGGGGAGCGCAGAUGCCGGCGGGGUCCCGGAGAUGCCCUCGGGGGCACACGAGGUCUCGCCCAGCACCAGCCGCCAGGACACCACUGAGCAUCCCCACCAAACCCCGGGGGCAGCGCAGGCUGGUCCCCGGGCAGGGGCUGAGCCCCCUGCCGUGGGGCAGGGGCAGGAGGCCCCCAGGCACCCCACCGAGGAGCCACCACCAGCACCAGCACCACCACCUGCGGAACUGGGCACGGGCAGCCACCGGGUCCCCGGGCACAGCGCAGCUGCUGCGGGGCCACGGGCUGAGGUGUGUCCCUGGGAAGCCCUGGGUGCCCCCCGGGGGGCUUUGGCACUACAGGAGGCAACAGCUGCAGGGGGGGGCUCACCGAGGGGGGGAAGCCCCAUGAAGGUUUUGGGGAAAGGGGGCAGCCAGCCCGGCCCCUGCAGUGCCAGGGAAGGAUGGGGCACCGAGGGGCUCCCCGCAAGGAGCAGGAGCACGGAGGUGGCCCAGGCGGGUGGUGGCCUUAGAACGGAGAUCUGCCCCUGGGAGGGGAGUGGGGGCGAGGCUGGUCCCCCCCAUGGGGGUCCUGGCAGCAUCCAGCCAGGGGCAGAGCUGGGGAAAAAGCCCCCAGAGCUGCCGGCAGCGGCUCCAGGGACAGCAGGCAGCGUGGGGGGCAGGAUGGCCGAGGUCUGUCCAUGGGAGAGUGCGGAGGGGGAGAUGGCCAACAGAGCAGAAAUUUGCCCCUGGGAGGUGGGGAAGCCUCAGCCGGAGAAGGGAAAGGUGCAGCAGGACGGGGGGAGGCUGCCCAGGGGGGGCAGAAGCAUCCGCCCCCUGUGCCCUCAGCAGACCCAGGGACCGGAGAGCGGGGGCAGGCAGCCAGCGGCCAGGCGGCCCUGGGGCAGUGCCAGCACCGAGCUGCCCCCCCCUCGAGCGGCCCCCGACAGCUCGGAUCUGCCAAAACUCACCUCCAAGAGCCCGGAGAGCGUGAGGGCCUCGGUGUGUCCCUGGGAAGCCACAGGAGCCAGCAGCGACAGAGCAGAAGUUUGCCCUUGGGAAACCAGCACAGCCUUAUCCAUGGCAGAGAAAAUAAAGGAGGAAAACGAAUUUUCCCCAGCGGUUCCCCUGCAGACGGCAGCCCCGGGGGGCAGGAGCGAGCCGCCACACGCCGCGGACCAAGGGAGCAGCCAGCGCCUGUCCGUGUGCCCCUGGGAAGGUGCAGAGGAGCCUGGCGAGGGGCUCACGGCAGAAAGCCCAGCUCUGCCCAAAACAUCAGCCCAAGCUGGAAAAGUUGGCAGCAAGAAGGCCGACGUCUGUCCGUGGGAAGCUGAGGAGGAGCCGCUUGCUAAAGCAGAAAUUUGCCCUUGGGAAGUAUCCGCAGCUCCGCCGGGGAAGGGAAGAUGGAGUCAGGACACGCGUGGGACUCCCCCAGCAGACGACAAACCCAGAUCAAGAGAACCUGAGGGAAGCAAAGUAAAGCUGGCAGGGGAGGGGGGUCGGGCGGCUCGCAGGGACACCCAGAUCUCCGCUAAGCUCUUUGGGAAGAGCCUGGAGGGGUCGAAAGCUGAGCCAAAGAAAUCCCAGAGCACGGAGAGCCCGAAGGCAGAGGUCUGUCCCUGGGAGGCUCAGGGGCUGGAAGCUGGCAGCAAGGCAGAAAUCUGCCCCUGGGAGGCGGCUGCACCCCCCUUCGAUGAGCAAAAGGCAAAGCAGCUUCCGAGGGCAGGCCCACGGGGGGAGAAGCGCAUCACGCGCCAGGCAGCGCUGGCGAGCCCGGCGAGGUCCCUGGAGAGGGGCGGCAGCGAGGCCGCGUGCCCCUGGGAGCCUCCAGCCAGACCCCGCACAGGGAGCCCGGCGCUGCCCGCAGCGAGGGAAUCCCAGAGCACCGAGAGCCUGAAGGCGGAGGUCUGUCCUUGGGAGGCUCAGGAGCUGGGAGCCAGGGAUAAAGCCGAGAUCUGCCCCUGGGAGGUGGCCGUUCUCCCCUCAGAGAAAGGGAAACCGAGGCAGGACAAAGGCGGUCUGUCCAGAGGGGGCAGAAACACUUCAACGGAUCAAGGUGUCUUGAAAGAGACCAGAGACAGCCUGCCUGCAAAAGCGGGCUGGGACCGUGAGUCCGUCUGUCCCUGGGAGGGCCUGGGCACAGGGGGCUCCUCCGCGGGGGGCACGAAGAGCCCAGAGCUGCCGAAAGCUGCUCCCACGAAACCGGGGAGCACCACGGCCGAGGUCUGUCCCUGGGAGAGCCCGGGCUCGGGGAGCCCAGCGCUGCCCGCAGGGAGAGCCCUGAGCACGGAGGUCUGUCCUUGGGAGGCUCAGGAGCUGGGAGCUAGGGAUAAAGCUGAAAUCUGCCCCUGGGAGGCGGCUGCGCCUCUGCCAGGGAAAGGAGCCUUUUCUGAGAGGACCGGGGCAGCCCCGGGAGAGGUGAGCCUCUGGCCAAAACACUGGGGUGCCUCCAAGGCGGUGGAGAAGGGGAGCAGCGAGCGAGAGGCUGUCUGCCCCUGGGAGAACCCGGGCACGGAGGAGCCCCCCCAAAAACCUGAAACGGGGGGAGAGCCGUCCAAGAAGUCGGACAGCUGGGAGAGCAGGAAAUCCGACAUCUGUCCCUGGGAAGCAGCGGAGCCCAAGGCCGUGCAGAUCCACACGCCCAAAGCGUGCCCAUGGGGAGCUGAUGGAGCAGCCCCCGCUGGGACUGGGGAGCCAAAGCCGGUGUCCACAUCUCCACCAGCCCUGCGGAAGGCCGGGGGCUGCUCUGGGGGCCAGGCCGAGCACAAGCCCCUGCGCCGCGUCCUGCCGGGCUCCCAGCCCCUGCGGGCAGCUGCAGGGCUCCCUUGGCAAGCACAUGUGGCAAGCAGCAGCCCCAGCCCAGGUGCCACCAUGGCCGAGGUUUGUCCCUGGGAGGCAGAGGAGGCUCCCCCUGCCCCUGGCACUCAGAAAGCGCCCACGGCGUGCCCGUGGGAGAGCACAGACCCCAGCCUGAGCCUCUGCCAGGCUGGGCAGAGCCCCGGAGAGGGAGGCACGAGGGAAACCAGCCCCGACGUCUGCCCGUGGGACCACGAGUAGCUCUCGCCCGCUCCAGCUGGGAGCUGGCAGCGGUUGUGCAGGGAAAGUCCUGAGCUGAAGCCCGCCGCCUGCCCGCGGGGGGACCCAAGAGCAAGGGCUGGGGACAGCCCACGGCUGCCUUCAGCGAGGGUCUGGGCUCCCGAGCACCCGGUACCGUGGGAAUUCAGAGCGGGGGGAGCUGGCAGCCCCUGCGUGCUGGAUCAGGUCACUCUCUCCAUCGUGAGUCCAGGGGAAGUCAGGUCGGGGCAGCCAUGGUGCCACUGGGGAGGAGAACAACUGUCCGGAGCUCCUGCAGCCCAGCUGAAGGCACCAGAGCUGCUGUCACCUGCAUUUAAUAACAGAGCGACUUCCGUAAGAACCGCUGGGACCGGCCAGGUUCCGACGCCUGGGACAAGGCCGCUGUUCCCAGUCAGCGCCACGACACGUUUGGCUUCCUCCGGACACCACCACUUAUUUCUGAACAUCCUCUGAGGCUGCUGAGCCAGCCGCGGGACUGUCACGCAUGCAAAGCUUCCCCUUCUGCUCUGCUUCAGCCCGGUGCUGCCAGCCCAGCACCUUGACACUGCAAUGAGGCGAUGCCCACCGCUGCCUCGCGUGCCCGGGUGCCUUUGCCUAUCGCUGCCCCGGGUGGGACCAGCCAGCCUUCAGGUCACUCCGCUGCUCUGCUCCUAGAAAGCUUUGCUUUUGUGACAGCAGAGAGAGGUACCCCCACUACCGAACUCAUCUCUGGCUGAUUUCACAGCACUGCUGCACUUCUCUUGGCAACUCAGCUGCAGAAGUGUUUAUCUUAAUUACGCUAUUCAAAACAUUGUUAUUACUGGUUAUUUCUCUUGUAUGCCUGUGUGCACAUGUACACAUUCACCAUGUGUGCAAUGCCCAGAGCUCACCUUCCCAUCGCAGGGCGGAUUUUCCAUCACCCUUUCCAGUGGCACUCCCAAGCCUUCACUUUUACUGCCCACCUGUAGAAACACGGGAUGCCUUUAUCAUCCCCCAUUUCAACUUCUUCCUGUACUCACAUUCCUUUUGGGGGCAGAAAUGGAAACCCAUUCCCGUAAGACAGGGAAGGUGCUGAGGCCAUAGUGGCACUACGACCUCCGGGGCAUGAGGCAGGGCUGAUCCCAUCACCACGAGAAGAGCUGGGGUGCACGCUGCGGGCUGCACAGGUCCCACUCCCCCCGCUCCCUCUGGGCGGCACAGCACAGCAGUCUCCCCAGGUUUGUUCCCCUGCUCUGUUUGAACAGAAGCAAAUCGAAACCAGAGGCACAGAAGCAAACGCUUCUGUUCUCUCUGAUCUCCCUGCAAGGCUGGGGCUCGGGGCUUGUCCUGCCGUUCCUUCGUCGUUUGCCUCCUCUCUCCUUAGAAAGUGGCAUCGCUGUAGUGUGCUGUGAUCCUCAGUGCCGAAUGUCAAAGUCAUCCAAUGGUGUAAGUAAGUGUACAUACAGAAAAUAAAGUUAUCUUCAGAGCGCACACUCGGCUGAUUUAUGGGCUGUGGGCAACAUACUAAAUACAUUUAAGGAAGAGCUACAACAAAAAGCAGUGAGGCCGUAAAGGAAACCCAAGAACAGCAGUGGUGUAGUCAGAGAGGUUGGCAAAGGAGAUGGGGAGCUACACGCUGCUAGGCUGGAAUUAAACGCUGUUCUCCCAGAAAACCCAGCCACUGUCAGAAAACGCACUCCUCUCAUUCAGAGCCUGAGCUGGAGAAUCGUGUCCGUAGGAAGUGGCUGAGCAGUCACAGCCGCACCCGCUUCUACGCUGCCUUAGUCACACCAGACACAAGCCAGGCAGCUCGCUAAUUUAUUUUUGUUCCUACCCCAGCUCACAUAUGCUGGAGCACUGAAUCUCUCUUCAGCUCAUGAAUGAAGCGUAGGCAGAAGGCUCGAUAUAGUAGGUUCUUGCAGGAAAGGCAGACAGAUUGUGACACCCCUCUGAUUUCCAAAGAGAUGAAAGGGAUUCCAUCGCUGGCUCCUCUCCUAACUGAGCAUAGAGAUGAUAUUCUGCCCUUUCAAAGGAACAUCAUUCACAGGCAACACCGAAAACUCUGCAAGCAUAAGGAGCCAUAAAUCAUACUGCGUGCUCUGUAAAAUCUCUCUCAAGGAAGAAAAAAAGGCGCUCAACUCUCAUAAGCUCUUGAAAAUGGCUGAGUUAAAAAGCGGUACGAGGCUGGAAAAGGAAACACUCAGUUAUCUGACGACUAGUGAAUUUUCUGCUCUGUGACUAGAUGCAAAUAGAAGUUACCUGAGCAAAGCAGAGCAAGAACAGAUUAGCAGUGCACUGCCUUACUUGCAGCCAUGGAAAAAGGUAACCUCUGGGUACGUUUUCUGGACUCACGCAGCCUGCUAAACCAGAGGGCCUGAUGUGA